AUGUACCACCUCGCCAGGGGCCUCUACCUCUAUGCGACGAGCAAAGAAGAGUACUCCGUCAUCCUCCUCGGCCUCGACAAUGCUGGCAAGACGACGUUCCACGAGCAGGUCAAGUCGCUCUUUAUCCCCGACGCCGCCGAGCCCAAGCUCAAGACGGUCCCGACUGUCGGCCAAAACGUCUCCACCAUCACCCUCCCGGACAUGUACCUCAAGCUGUGGGACGUCGGCGGCCAGAUGUCCCUGCGCAACCUGUGGCAGAGCUACUACGCCAGCUGCCACGCCAUCGUCUUCAUUAUCGACAGCACUGACAUUGGCGAUGGCUCUCUCGACGGCGACGACGGCGGCCGCCUUGAAGAGUGCCGCCUCGUCCUCGAGGACGUGCUGCAGCACUCGGAGACCGAGGGCGUGCCCUUGCUCAUCCUCGCCAACAAACAGGACUGCGAGGACUGCGUCGAGACGAUUCGCAUCAAGGAGGGGCUCGUCAAAAAGGUCAUGGAGGGCGACAAAGCCAGCAGCAUCCGCGACUCGAGGGUGCUGUCCAUGAGCGCCCUGACGGGAGACGGUGUUAGAGAGGCCGUCGACUGGGUACGGACGAGGGUCCAAUGGAAUAAGGAGUCCCGACCGCCAGUCAUGAGGUAG